GGCAUAUUCUGAGUUAUGAAUUAUAAUUUGUUUGGCAAACAUGGAGUAUAGACCAGGCAACAUUAACAUGAAAAUUGUAAUCUAUUUGACGUUCUACCUUCAUGUAUUUUCUACAGGUCAAUCUGAGGCUGCUUGUACCUUUCCUGAUGGUUUUAGAAAUAAAACAUUUUAUCUGUUUGCGAGUUCUGGAUCACCCUUCGCUACUUGGACUUUCAAUGCUGAUGGAUCGACAGGGAACAUGUUUGGUUUUCCUAUAAAUUGUUUUCAAAUAUCGGAACAGUUUCUUGUUCUCAGCAUAAGUUCGACACAAUUUUGGUGUUUCCCAAUCUUCUACACAGCCGGGCAAUCAAACUUUUCAUUUGUUGCUCAAGGUGAGUUCGAUUGGAAAGUAUUUGAGAAUGUAAGCUCAGCUUUAAAUGAGUCUCAAUUGUGUGAAGUAUGCGGAGAAAACGGUAUCGAAAAAUGGACAAUCUUAGCAAGAGGUAAGGUUAUUCACAGAAAUAAUUAUUAA